UCGAUAUCUAAUUCACUUUAGGGUAGGAGCACGCCAAGAAUAGCACGCUGCCUCUGCACGAUGCAUCCACGCCUACGGUCAACCUUGCUUUGCGUCUCUCCCCCACUCCACGACCAGACAUGAAGCUUGUCUCGAAGGAAGAGCUGGACGCUCAGCAGCGCGCGACCAUCGUCGGCGGGCUCAAGGGCUUUUUCGGCGGCCUCGCGUUUGCUCUCCCUGUGUCAUACGCCCUUCACCGCAAGUGGCCGUACUAUCGCGCCCUCCCGCCGUCUCUCAAGGCCUUCGGUGUCGUUCUCGUCGCGGUCCCGUCCUUUGCAAUCUCUGCAGAGCAUGCGGGUCAACGUUUCGAAGAGGCACGCUGGACUGGCGCGGGCAAAGUUGAGCUAGACACCGUACAGGCGCGGCAGAAGGCGCGAUGGGAGCGCAUGACUAUCGCACAGAAGUUCAGCGACUUCGCCCGGCGACACGAAUACGGAAUCAUUCUCACCAGCUGGGCGGCGGCACUCACAGGCUCGUUCACCUACAUCAUGCGCGACCCUUAUCAGUCCGUUCCUCAGAAGAUCGUCCAGGCCCGUAUGUGGGCACAAGGGCUCACCAUUGGCAUCAUAAUCGCCGCGGGUGUCUUGACGCACUCUCAACGCGCCAAAGCGUACGACGAGGAAGAGGACCAUCGUUUCCGGCACGUCGCACCCGAUCACUCGUGGAAAGACAUCCUUGAUCAAGAAGAGAAGGAGCUGGCCGCGCUGCAGAAGAAGCCACCCACGCGCCCGACGUGAGCAACGCUGCGUGUGCGUGUGUACCUUUUGCUCUGCGUGUUUAGGGCUGUACUCUAUAUGUAGACUUGCGUUACCAACCACCCACUUGAUACAAUCAGGCUGUGGGCCCGGGCGUGGCUAGAUCACAUCCCAUCUACGAUGCGGGUUUUAGCGUCAGUGUUGGACCAUCGGGCGGUAUGUAAGCGGGAAUAGUCUCAAUGUUACCCCAUGUAUUUCAUUUGGGGCAGCUGGGACCGGGCCCCGGGCGCGCAGGUUCUCCGCGGGGUUUUCGGGGGAAGCUAUAGGGCGUGUGCA